AUGUCGUAUUCUCGCAGCCCUAACGUAUUGGACUAUAUAGCAAAUCUCAACACAAUACCCUCGGCGCAAGAGAUGAAGUCAAAUAGUCCCGAUAACUUCAACAUGAAGGAAGAUCUAGCAAUGUUUUCGAAUGCACAAUUCUUUAAUUUUGAUCUUGGUCACGAUGCCGAUCUACAACAGACGACCUUUGAACCGCCAAUAGAUCUGACAGUUCCUCUUCAAGGCGAUUUUCAAUUCGAUGAUUUCAACAAUUAUUCUACAGUACUUGAAUCUUCAAAAAGAGUUAGCGAUAGUGUUUCAAACACAGUCAAUUCUACCAUUGCACAGUAUCAGACAGCUUCAUCUCUGAUCAAUUCUUCCCCAUCAGUCGCCGAUAAAGUCAAAGCAUUCAGCGUCACAUCGUCUUCAUCACCCAACGAAGUCAUAGAGACCUCUCGUCAAGCAGCAGAGGAAGACAAACGUCGACGUAAUACUGCAGCCAGUGCUCGUUUUCGUGUCAAAAAAAAGCAACGCGAGCAGGCACUCGAAAAAAGCGCCAAAGAAAUGUGUGACAAAGUAUCUAAGCUUGAAGAGCGUAUCAAUGUACUCGAGACUGAAAAUAAAUGGUUGAAAGAUUUAAUUACUGAAAAGAAUAAUGGAAUAGAACGCGAUAUAUGGGCAGAUUUUGAAGGUUUUUGGAAAAAAUACACCGAGCAACGAAUAGCGAGUAGGCGUGCCGGUGCCAUUAUCGAGCAAAAGCCUACAGGUGACAGCGCCAGACAACAACAUGGUGUUGUGUAA